AGAAGGAAAAGCUGCGAUGAGCACUAAGAUUACCUUGGAGAGCAGGCAGAAGUUGCCAAGCAAAGUGCAAGAUGUCAUUUGCGAUUCGGCUCUAAUCAUUCAACAUGCAACAAGUGCAUCAGGAAGCAGUGAGAUGCUUAUGUCCUCGAUGAAGCAGUUUUGCGCGGCAGAACAGUCGAUAGGAAAUACUGCUUCAUCUCUCAAUAAGAUGGACGGAUUAUUGGACGCAAUGUUGUUACAGUGUGACGAUGUGGAGAAUAAAAUUGGCGUUGUCUCAGAUGCAUUGGAAACACUUCAAACUAUCGAACGAAGUAAGUAUUUCACUGAAGAAGGAACUCGUCCUAACUGUGAAUCCGACGUCGACAGCAAUCCCUAAGCUUGACGUUAUCUGUGAAGAUCUGGUUGUGAACAUGAGAUGUUUUGUAUAUAUGUCAUAUUCUGUGAUGUCCCUUAUGAGAAUGUUGUAAGCCAGUGAUCCACUUCUAACUCAACAUCUUUCCAAGAGGGCUGUUUUGCUGUUGGAAACUCCUUCACCCUCGUUUACGGCAAACACUUUCCCUCGCGUGAAGAUGCUGGGAUGUUGAGCAGUUGUUGUGCCAUCCGCUCCAUAGAGUUCAUACCCACACAAAGUGCUCUAGGCUCUUCGUCGCCACAAAUGCCCGAAAGCUGACUAGGGAUGAUUUCUUGGAGUAUUGAUUUCUUGGUAGUUUAGUGUUGGAUUCUUGGUUUGAAGUCUGAUGCACUAAGUUUAUGCAACCAUUCAGUGGUGCCUAGGCGCUUAACGUUAGAAGCCAUUCGGCAAAAGUGGCAGAAUCUCCUCGUGAAAAUUGUGAAGGCUAAAUCUAAAGUUAUCAUAUGUCAGCAUAAUUCUCUUUUCAGCGCUUUGCCAAGUCCAUAUCAAAUCAUGAAAUAAAAACGUGU